CUGUUUGACAGUUGCAGUAUCAAAGUGCAUUCACUCAGCGCUUGGCGGAGCGGUUCGGCUUUGGUGAUUCGGCACAAUUUUUUGGAGUUUUUCCAACAUUUCCUCUGCUGUUGUUCAAUAGUUAUUUGGUAAAAGGUUCCCCAGCAGGAUCUUUUCGCGGAAGUGACACCAAAACAAAACGUCACAAUGGUCAAAAUCGAAGACUUCAAGCUUUCGUGCGAACUCGCGGGCCACAAGCUGGACGUCCGUGCCGUGGCCGAGGGCAAGGGCUUCGUCGUGUCCGGCUCGCGGGACAAAACGGCCAAGGUGUGGAGCUCGCUGGGCGGUGGCCACCAGUACACGGAAACGGAAACGCUGAACCGACACACGAACUACGUGGGGGCCGUGCUGGUGGUGGAGGAGAACGGCUGGAUCUGCACGGCCAGCAACGAUGCGACCAUUUGCGUGUUCAAGUACCCGAACGGGCCGAUGGAACCGAUCGCGGUGCUGAAGGGCCACACGUCGACGGUUUGCGCGCUGGCCAAGGGCAACUCGGCGAACGUGAUAGUUUCGGGGAGUUGGGACAAAAGUGCCAAGAUUUGGACCAGCGUUGGGUCGUCGCUGGCCAGCAUCACGCUGGUGGGCCAUGAAGCGGCCGUUUGGGCGGUUGCGCUGCUGACCAGCGGAAAGUACGUAACGGGAUCGGCAGACAAGUCCAUCUUUGUUUGGAACGAAAAGGGUGAAAAGUUGGUUGUGCUCAAGGGACACAAGGAUUGCGUCCGUGGGUUGUGUGCCCUGCCGGGAGGAGGUUUCCUGAGUUGUUCGAACGAUGCAACGAUUCGGCAGUGGAGCGAUUCGAAUGAGUGCGUGAAGGAGUUUCACGGACACACCAAUUACAUCUACAGCGUUGCGCGGAGCGAUUUUUGGGGAGAGGACGUAUUUAUCAGCGGCGGAGAGGACAGCACGAUCCGGAUGUGGAGCUUGAAGGACGGAGCGUUGGGAGAUGCGCUGCAGUUGCCUGCCCAGUCGGUUUGGGCCGUUGCGGGGCUGCGCAACGGAGACAUUGUUGCCGGUUCCAGCGAUGGAUUGGUGCGUGUUUUCACGUCCAGCAGCGAUCGCGCAGCUUCGCAGGAUAUCCAGGAUGCCUUCAAGCUGUCGGUUGACGUUCGCAUCCAAGAGUCUACGAAGCAACUGGGAGGAAUGAACGUGAACGAUCUGCCUGGGCCGGAAUCGCUUCUGUCGGAGGGACGUCCGGGACAGACGAGAAUUGUUCGCCACGCCGAUGGCAAGAUCAUGUGCUACCAGUGGAGUAACAACAAGUGGGAGUGUGUUGGCGAUGUGAUGGGAGCCACCGGAGGAGAUACUGGGAAGCAGCUGUACGAAGGACGCGAGUAUGAUUAUGUCUUCUCUGUUAACUUGUCGGAUGAAGCUCCGAACUUGAAGCUUCCGUACAACCGUGGUGAGGAUCCUUGGUUCGUUGCCCAGCGGUUCAUCCACAAGCACAGCCUUCCGCAGGCCUAUCUGGAUCAGGUGGCCAACUUUAUCGUGAAAAACGCCGACAACACGCCGGUUCAGCCGAGCGCUGGCUCCAACAGUGCUUACGAUCCGUUCACCGGUGGCGCUCGGUACGUCCCUGGGUCAGGGUCCUCGUAUCAGCCCAGCGCUGCCAACACCGAUCCCUUCACGGGCGGAUCAAGCUACACAACGCAGACUCCAAACGCUGGUUUCGCCAGCAACGGAUCAUCUGGCGGUGGAGCCGGAAACGCCGAUCCCUUCACCGGAGCAUCCAGCUAUUCCACCGGUUCCAGUGAGGUCAAAAAGGUUAACAACCACUUCCCUCACAAACACUUUGUGACGAUGGAAAAUGCUGACCUGGCAAAGGUCCUAAUCAAGCUGAAGGAACUGAACGGCAAAAUCGAAGACAAGAGCCUCCAGAUGUCGGACGACACGCUGGACGACAUCGUGCGCUACGUCGGAGAAGUGACCAAAGUGUCCGAGCAAAAUUCCGCAUGUCUGACCGCUCUCCGCUACCUGUUCACCUGGCCAACGGAAAGCAUCUUCCCCGUGCUGGACAUUACCCGACUAAUCGUGCGUGAUCCGAAAGCUUGCCAGGAACUGUUCGAGGGCGACUUUCUGCGAACGCUGCUCCAACACAUCAACCAUCUCCCCGCAAAUCAGAUGAUGGGCGCGCGUUGCUUCGUGAACAUGAUUUCUCACGGCCCUGGACGCGCUAUCGUCACCGAACACAUCCGGCCGAUCGUGGAGAAACUCUCCCCCAUCAAAUCCGGCUCCGGCAAUCUCCAGAUCGCGCUGGCCAGCUUCUAUCUGAACCUCUCGAUGACCCAGCUGGACAAACCGUCGCUGGACUUUUGCAAGGUGUUUUCGGACGCGGUCGGAGAGUUUCUCGAGUGGGCCACCGACCACGAGGCCACCUACAGGGCGUACCAGGCGCUCGGAAAUCUGAUGUCCAUCCCCGGCGGACAGGGCACGCUGGUGGCGAACCAUGUUCGCAGCAACACCGGACUCAUUGACAAGAUUCUGCUCAACAUUAGCGUGGAGGUGGCCGGCUUUGGCAAACUGAACGAGUGCGCGAGUUAUCUGUACGAACUGUUGGCUUAAGGGACAAAAAAGUGGGAGACGUUGACGAACAUUAACUUGAAUUAACUCCGAGCGUCUUAGAUUGUAGCAUUGAUCAAACGUGAAUAAAAUAACAUUUUCAAAAUAG